AUGUCAGGUGAAACUGAAAAAUUGGAAAAGUUCCUGCCGGCGGACAAACCGGCACUAGGAAUAACGGAGAAAAAGCGGAGAGCGCUUGAGAUGGGUGAGAACACCGACUGUGCCUUUCUGGUCGGUCCUGAUGACGAGAUGGCCGAGGUGAUCCACGCGAGUAAAUUUGACCUUGUCUCUUCAAGUGAGUUUUUCAAAGCCAUGAUGAGGAGUCCGCUGACGCAGCCAGGUCCCAUCAGGAUUCGCCAGCUGGAGCCUCGCAUCUUUAAGAUGGUGCUUGAGUACGUGCACUUGCAUCAUUUGAGCACCAAGCCUAUCGAUUUGGAAGAUGCAAUUCAGUUGGCCAGGGCGGCUGACGAAUAUUUAAUCGAUGAUUUGGCCACUCUUUGCUCAAAAAUUGUUGAAGGAAUGUUGACAGUUGACAAAGUGUGGAAGGUGGCGAAUGAAAACCACACUGUCAAAUGUGUAGCCAACGGCUGCAUAAAGAUCCUUACAGAAGAGACUUGUUCAUGUCUCGAUCACGAAUCGUUUCUUGAGAUUCGUGAGGACACAGUGAUUUGGUUCUUGACACUUCCUGAAAUGAACAUUGAGACUGAAACAACUGUAAUCAAUGCUUGUUUGAAAUAUUGUCGUUCCAGAAUUGACAUGAAUCUCAUGAGAACAUUCAUUCCUCAUUUACGCCUGCUGACUUUAUCCUGCCCUGAUGAGCUGAUGCUGAUAUCGGAAUACUUAUCCUCGAGAGAGGCCAAGUACAUUUCGUACAAGAUGCUGCUGGCAAACGACAAGAAGAAAAUGAAACUGAUGCUGCCUCAGUCUUUGUGUCCGAUCAUUGAAGAGAGGUGUAACAAGAAGGCUAAAUAUGAAACUCUCGUCUUAAUUCCUGACACCCAACUGAUUGGGAGUCAAGAGCUAAUCGAGCAGAAACUCUAUGAGAAGAUCACUAAAAACGUGGACAGCAGUUUCUUUCCAACUUGCUACCUGAUUUUCCAGGCAAAAAAAUACAUGGUCUUGAAACAGGUUGAAGUCCUGUGUAAAGUUCAGAUUGAACCAAUGUUCAUCAACAACAAGUGGGGAAGAGUUGUUUUCGACACCAAUGAGGAGUACAACAGCAACAUUAUGAUGGAUGCGAGUGUGAUGUACAAUGCGACUUGCAAAAAUUACAAGCCAGUUUUGAAGGGCGUCUUCAGGACCAGCUCCUCGGUUCGAUUCGACUUUGUGGAGCCGUUUUUCGUGCCCAAAGGAGCUGUGGUGAAGCUGCGCACAUUCCUGAAAGAGGACUGCUAUUACAGGAGGAUCCUGAUCAAGACCGUCCAAGAAGGACUGGCCAAGUGGGACGAUCAGUCGCCCAAAGAUGUGUUUGAUAAUUUCAGGAUCUUCUACUCUGAUGAUGGUAAAACAAACCAAAAUGGAGUUUGUUUCUUCAAGAAUCUGGUGUAUACCCUGAUUGAGGUGUAAAACCGGUUGAUUAGUUUUGAAAUUUUGCGUUUCAAGGUGGCUUAGAUGCCUCC